UGCCAAACAGAGGGAUUUUCUUACUACUUCUUUUUGGGAUAAAUUGUUUUUUUUUUUUUCCAUGUUACAGCCGUUUCCACUUCAAAAACCACGACCGGUAUACUGGUGUGGUAAAUAUAAAACCCACGGAACUCCAAAAAAUCAGGUUACUAGAAAACCACAGCAACUACCACCCAUAAAUGUUUGAGCUUUCAUUUGCUUUCUUAUCAACAUUCUAAGGCCAAUAGUUUCUUUGAGCUUCUUAUAUUAUAGUGUUCAUUGUUCAAAGCGAACAAAAAAUACAACCCAGAGUAAGUAGCAAUGGAAGCUGUGAACUUGAGGAAAAAGGAGUGCAAAAUUGUGGUGGCCGUGGAUGAGAGUGAGGAAAGCAUGUAUGCACUUUCAUGGUGUCUCGGAAAUUUGAUUUCUCAAAACACAACCAACACCCUUGUGCUUCUUUAUGUGAAGCCUCCACCUACUGUCUACUCUUCCUUCGACGCUGCAGGGUAUAUGUUUUUCAUCGAUGUGAUAACAGCCUUAGAAAAAUAUGGCAGUGAUCUGGUGAAUUCAGUGAUGGGAAGAGCGGAAGCCUUGUGCGGAAAGUUUAGCGGCAAUAUAAACGUGGAGAGAAUCGUCGGAAGUGGAGAUGCAAAGGACGUAAUAUGUAAUACCGUGGAAAAAAUCAAAGCCGACACAUUGGUGAUGGGAAGCCAUGGUUAUGGUUUCUUCAAAAGGGCGCUUCUAGGAAGCGUGAGCGAUCAUUGUGCAAAGAAUGUAAAAUGUCCAGUGGUGAUCGUCAAGCAUCCAGAGAAGAUAUAAAGUUUCUUCUCCAAUUUCUUCCUUGAAUAUUGUUAAUGUUAGGUGGUUUCUACAAUGUAUACGAGUGAACUUUGGUAAAAUACUUGGGCAAUAUAUUGUACCUGUCAAUUCUCAUGGUCCAGUUGGAAGUGUAAUAGUAUUAUAUUUCCACAAAAUGGCUCGUCCAUUGACACUGGUAGAAAAUAAUAGAUAAUGAGAGCAAUCUGAAGUUUGCGCUCCUCAAAGGAAGGGAUGAGGCUUAUCAGUUUAUGCCCCCAAGACUUUGACAUACUUGCCAAAAGUUCACCUUUUCCAUAAUCCACCCAAACCAAAAAUUGGAAAGGUCUUGUUUCAAUGGUUCUAUAUAUAUAUAUAUAUAUAUAUAUAUAUAUAUAUAUAUAUAUAUAUGUAUGUAUAACACAUAAAAAAGACCACAGCUACUCGGUUAUGAGAAGUUACCACUAGACUAACCAUUUAAUGGCAUUUUGCAGGUGACAGCGAUUUCCCAAUUACUUGAAACAAAAUAAAUGGAAUAAAAUUCAGUAAUAUCACAGUAUCCACCAAACAGAACUCCUUUGGCGGACAACCUCAGCCUAGCUAAGGAAUUGCGUGGACAGAGUCAGGGACUCAGGGUUCACUUUGUCAUUGGAACAGUCAUAAUUCAGAACCUUAGACUAAUAUGAUGACAGUUAUAUAAUUGAGUAUCACUUGGUCUAUUAAAUAAGUAAUCAAACUAAAUUACCAUCCAAUAACCAUUCAAUGUCACAACACUCAAUCAAUUGAAAUCAGAGUAAACUAAAUCCACAACGUAAAUGCAUCCUUACUACAUUGAGUCACAGCAAGCAAAACAAAAAAAUUGAGUUUCUAUGCACUGAAAAGCCCUAUAGAUUGGAUGAUGUAAUAAUAACACAUCAACAUCGCAUUAAGUUGGUUCAUCAUGGAACCAUGAUAAUCGAAUGUCCAUCUAAACCUGGAAGGUACCAUCUCACAUCUUUUUGCAUGCACAAGUUCACUACUUAAGAUGGAGUAGUGUGGAGAGAAGAACGUGGCAUAAAGGUGUCCCUAAAUUCAGUAGUUCUUAUUCAACUUAUGAAGGUAGGCCUGUGUAAGGUCAGGCAGGCUGAGGCUGUCACUACUCACCAUUGUUUCUCUGCCAACGAAAAAAAAAAAAAAAAAAAACUAAGUAACUGGUCCUAGCAAAAACUCAAAAAAUUCAGUGAGACAAGUUUUCUAAUGCUAAUAGAUUCAGUUUUGGCACCUCCAUAGAUUGAAUAAAAUUAUCUUAAGCCAUCCAAACAUUUUUUUUAGUUCAAAGGAGUGCAACGCCGUAUUACAUGGAAAGGAGGGGAUGACUUGAUACGAAUUCAAACUCUAAUAUUUUCGUUAAAACUUCUUAACCAUUAGACCAAGCAGCAAAAAGCAAGCCAUCCAAACAUUUUAUAACUAGAAAAAUCUCCACUUAAUAUCAGCUUUACAUGGAAUACAGAGCACUAUCUUCUACACUCAAGCCUAUUCUGGUCAUUCAAUCAUUAAUUUACCAUCAUAACAAGGCAUAAAUCAAUAACUCGUUAACCUUAUCAAAUCCACUCCACUAGAGUGAGUAGGGAUGAACAGAUUAAAUCAAUUGAAAUCAAGUAAUUUCAAUUGAGUCGAUUUGAUUUAUUUAAUUUUGAUUAUAAUCAAAAUUUUG